UUGGUCGCUGUCAUCACUGAAAAGACGCCUGACUUUUUUUUUCCCAUCCAAACAACAACAGCCCAGCAGAACCCGGCCCCGCCCAUCCCGGCCCGGCAGUACGAGGUGGCGAUGAACCGGCAGCAGCGCUACUUCCGCAUCCCGUUCAUCCGGCCGAGCGACCAGUACAAGGACCCUCAGAACAAGAAGAAGGGCUGGUGGUACGCUCACUUCGACGGGCCCUGGAUCGCCAGGCAGAUGGAGCUGCAUCCCGAUAAACACCCCAUCCUGCUGGUGGCAGGAAAGGACGACAUGGAGAUGUGCGAGCUGAGUCUGGAGGAGACGGGCCUGUCCAGGAAGAGGGGGGCGGAGAUCCUGCCCCGUCAGUUCGAGGAGAUCUGGGAGCGCUGCGGCGGCAUCCAGUAUCUCCGCAGCGCCAUCGAGAGCCGACAAGCCAGACCCACCUACGCCACGGCCAUGCUGCAGAGCAUGUUCAAGUGACGAGGAGGGGGAGGGGCUUCUCGCUGCAAACAAAGGGACGGAUUCAGCUAGCUAACACAGAUGGCGUCGGAGCGCUCGCCCGGGAGGUUCGCUCGAACAACUGUCCUUUUGUUUUUCUCUCGUCGUUAAGUUUCUCGCUCGCUUCACUCCGUCGAGUCGCGGCGAGGGCCGGGACGUUUCGCAUCGAACCCUAUGCAGAAAAAAAAUCAUAAAAUGAUCACAUCCGGUUGUUUUCCAAGGAAUUCUCCUCUCGUCUCUGCAAGUUUAACUACGAGGCCUUAACACAACGUUAACAGGGUUUAAUUACCACAAGUACGACCUCCUCUCCUCCUUUCUUUUCUCCUUUGGUUCAGAGCUGCCUCCCCAAACAACAAACUUUAAAUUCCCGUGUAAUUAUACAUUCCCGAUCGUGACUCUCACGUCGCUUCCAUGGUAACAGACCUGCUGUUUACAUCGUCCUCGUGUGGUUCUGACACAUGGAGCUGAGAGGCAGCGUCAGAUAACUCCUCCUCACUGCACUCGUCCCUAAAUCUGCUAAAACUUUAUUUCACCUUCGUCUUUCCGGCCGAAUGUGACCUGAGACCUCCAUGAUUUCUUCCUGUCGUGAUUCCUUCUUUCCUCAUCGUGUGAUUUCGUGUCGACUUAAUGAGAAAAGGUUCAGAAACUUUGUGACUUUGAGACCAAACGUUGCUUGAAACAUUUUAUUUUAUUUUGUUUUUGGGACCGAGCAGUGAUUCAGCUCCGUGAUUAGUUUCUGCAGAAAAUGUGAAUUAAUUAUGCAACUGCUGAGCUGCGACUGUGUGUUGCUGCUGUUCGAGAGCAGAUCAGUGCCGCAAAAAAGUCAUUAAAACAUCGUUAGUCUUUCAAUUAAAUCUUUGUACACGAGGAAACUUAAUUUGCAAACUUAGUGAUUCCAACAUGUUUUUCUUUGACUUUAUCUUUAAAAUAUUAAAUCUACAUUUGGCUGUUUGUUGAAUAAAUUCACCUGAUUCUAGAAAAUGUUUGAAAUGUCAGUUUGGACAUGUUUCUGUGCUGAACUGUGGACAAAGCGCUGGUCGUCAGACUGGAACUGGAACCUUCUUCUAACACUGAGAUAUUUUCUAUGAAAUCACGUGAGUUCGGUUUGUGCAGCGACAUCGACGCUUCCACUGGAAUGUAAACGUUUAUUUUUAAAAGAACGAUUUCUACUUGAGUCUGUGAGGUUGAUCAGAGAAGCAAUGAACCAGGUAAAAUGAGCCGAGUCGUCCGUUUGUCGUCAACAAUGUAAAGACAAUCCCACACCUGAGGCUGCUAACCUUUCCUUCUGAUGCACAAGAGUCAGGUGAUUGUCUGAACACGAGGCGUCAACACGCAGGAAGAGGGGAAACUGUUUUUUGUCUACGUUUCGUACCAACUGUGAUUCACAUUGAAGCAGGUCGACCUCCGUGUUCAAACCUUUUUAAUCCAGGGUCGUCCAGUUCGUGUCGCUGGAUCGAAAAUACCAAAAAACUAUGUGACAAGUUUCACAAAGUCCAAACGUUUGGAUCAGACAAGUUUAAAUUUCCUAAAUUACAUCAAAUGAAGAUGGACGACACGUCUCCGCUAACGGAGCCAAAAACAUCCCGAUACGAACGCUGCCAUCUUGUGGUCAUGACGUCAUUUGCAGCCGAGUGGAGCUGGGGUAUCGAAGUCCCGCCCACACACUCGCUGUCUUGUCGUCCAUCUUUGUUUACGUUCUGUGGCUGAUUGGAACAGAACUGAACCUUUACGAAGAAACGUCAAUAAAAUCUUUUCCGAUCAAGUUUAAAUUUAAAUCAAGUUUUAUUCCAAUAAAAAAAAAAAUUCACCUUGAAUCAAACGAUGUUAUCGGUCAAACUUCGUUAAAAACAUUGAUUUAGUUUGUAACAAAUCAGAUCUGUGCAUUCUGUCUGAAACGCUGCGUGUUGACGUCGAGUGUAAACGUCCUUUGAGACGUCAGAGUGACGACCUCCUGAGACGUCAAGGAAAAUGUCCUGCGAUCCGUUUCUCUCUCACUUUACAAUCAUUCCUCGGGAAGCGCUGCCUUCGUCCGCUGUCACUUUUCUAACACUGAUCUCUAACAGAUGAAUAAAAACAUGUUUCACUCA